GGUCACACCAGGUCAGAGAACUGUUCAUUACUUUAUCACUCUUUUCUACUUGCUUCCAUUCUAUCUUUAAUUGUUUCUCUCCCAAAAUUUUUACUCUAUUGCUUUUGGACAUGAACGAGAGGUUCUACUAGAAAAAUGUUGUUUCCCCAAUUUGAAAUAGUCAGCCUUGACAAAUCAAAACCCUAAAUUCAUUCUAUGACCAUUCUCCUUCUUUUAGACAUGCAUGAGUUUCUAUCAGAAAAUGUUGUUUCCUCUAUUCAAAGCAGUCAUUCUUAUCACAACAAAAUCCUAAAGUGAAUCGUAUCUGAGCUCUCGAUUUUCUUCUGUUCCAGGGACACGGUGCAUCACCAAACAUCAUUCACAGUACUUCAAAUGUUGUGUCCUUUGCUUUUGAAUUUGCACUUUCCAUCCAUUUAAAACUAUAAAACGACCCACCAUAUUCCUCGUACCAUACAAUAUCACAAUUCAUUCAUAUUUGUAGUUUGUACCCAGCCCAAACAUUUUCAACCAUAGCUAUGGAAAUGAACGUGGACAUGAACGAGGACAUGUUCUCUUUGUUGCCAGUAGAAAUUAUUACCAAAAUCGCUUCAUUCCUUCCUUUCAAAGAAGCAGCUAAGUCAUCCAUUCUUUCUAAAAGGUGGUUGAAGAUAUGGAAAUCAAGGAGGGACAUAGAGUUCAACGAAUUCUUCUUUGUGAAGUCUGAUGUAUCUGAUGAAAUCAAAGAGGCACAUAGAAGGAUUUUUCUCAACUUCAUCACUCACUCCAUUCAAAACUAUGAAGAAAAGGUUGUGAACAAGUUCUCCCUCAAGGUUUCAAACCCUCAAAGUUGUGCUGAUACCGUACAAGAUUGUAUUGCCUUUGCAACAAAACAUUUAGUGAAAGAGUUGAGGCUUGACUUCUCUGAUCCAACGUGGGAGGAGAAUGACUUUGACGAUCAUGAUGCUUUGUUUCAAUUGCCAUGCCAUGUUUAUAUGCAUAAAACACUUGAGGCUUUGGAGUUGAAUGCAUGUAGUUUUGUUGUGCAUGAUUUGGUCAACUUUAGGGCACUCAAGGAUGUUUCUUUGGGGUGGAUUGAAGUGAAGAAUUCUACUAUUAGGACUCUUUUAUCCAUUUGUAGGAACCUUGAAAGCUUGAGUCUGAAUAAAUGUUGGAAUCUGGCUCACUUUGAUAUGGGUGGACAUGAACUUGGGUUGAGAAGGUUGGUCAUAGACAAUUGUCACUUCGUUGAUUAUGAUUAUGUGUAUUUUAGAGCACCAAAUCUUAAGUUCCUCAAAUAUUCUGGGACAUUGGAGAUUUUUCAAAUAGAAGUAGGUUUUAGCAUGCAAGAAGCAGAACUUGACUUCACUCCUAUGCCUGAUUUCGAAGAAUAUGGCGAUAUACUUUGCCAACUACUUUGUGAUCUCAAUUGUGUAUACGUUCUCACAGUUUGCAGUUUCUUACUUCAGGCUAUUCCUACUGGAGAAGAACCAGUGCGUAUCCAAUGUAACAUGAACGUCAGACAUUUGAUCAUAAAGACUAAAAUGCACAAUCAAGAACUGCGUGGAUUCAUGUUCAUGCUUAACAGUUGUGCUUGUUUGAAGAAACUCACCAUAGAGAUAGGCCAAGGAAAAAUAUAUGAGGAUUAUCCCUAUUCUAUCGACUCUAAGAAAUUCUGGGGACAACAAUGCAUAAUUUUUGAAUGCUUGAGAAGAAAUCUAAAGGUGGUGGAAUUGAAGGGAUUUCGAGGGACCACAAAUGAAAUGGGAGCAUGCCGUUAUCUGAUCCAAGCUGGCCGUGUCUUGGAACAAAUUAUUAUCAAUGUAGUGAAGAAAGAGGGUGAUGAAUUUCUGGAAAAGCGUUAUGCAAAUGCAACAUCGUUACUGAAUGUUCGAAAGGCUUCAAAGAAUUUACGGAUAUCGAUUGUAUGAGAAUAUGUAUUGUUCAAAUGAUAGAGAUUUGUAUGCAUUAAAAUGACAUAUGCACAUUUAAGAGAGUUUCUGUGCUUUAAAAACAUAUAUAUGGAUAAUGGUUGUAUUGAACAUGUAU